AUGUAUCUCUCUUCGCUAUUCACGAUUACUCUGGGAGCCUUGGCCACCAAUGCGCUCCCCUUGGAAUCUUCUGCGGCUCCUUCCGCUUUUAAAAUGGUCCAGGAAGGCCCAUUUCCUCUCACCCGGCCCAAGCCGACCGCAGCCCCCCAAAGCGAGCUUCCCCCGACCGGCCUUGAGAAGCGUGCCAAUUCGUGUGGCGGCGUCUCUAACUUCAACCAAGCCGAUGCAGACGAGCUCCAGCGACAGCUACAAAACUACAACCCUGAAAAUUUAGUCUACUUGCCUGCCUGGUCCGCGUACGCAUGGUCCAUCGGUACCGCCAAGGUCUGCGCCAUAAACAUGUAUCUUUCUGAUAACACACACGUUAAAGAAUGGGAGGUGGGAUGGGGCAUGGGGUAUGUUCGGGACAUGUGCUGUGCUGGAAAGUCAUCCUGCUCUGGUGGCAUCUGCAGUGGACAUGGUGACUCGGGUCUCUCUGUCGACUUCCGUGUCCAGAACUCCGCUAGAUCCUGUUACUGGUGA